GAUCCUCAAAAGUUUAAGUCUAGUACGGAAAUACUUAAACAAAACAGAGUAGUUAACCUACCCCAGAACAUGAUUGUUCCUUAACAACCUUUCUCCAUCAUCAUUGACAAGAAACUUGUCAGCCCCAUCACUCACUCACUCACUAACAGUAGCGGCAUACUAGUAGGCAUGCUCAUACAGGGCGGCCCGGAAAUUGGGCCAGAGAGCUAGUGGGCAACAAGCCGGCCGCCGGGAGCAGAGCAGCAGCCAGCAGCAAUGCCGACGCUGCGGCGGCGCAACCCGGACGUGCCCGUGAAGGCGCUGGAGGGCAUCGUGUCGGCCAACACCUUCUUAACGGUGGCCGUCUUCAUCGGCAUCACGGGCACCAUCACGCCCUCCGCCACCAUCCCGCCCGCGUGCGUCGCCGGCGACGACAUCGCGCGCAACUUCUUCCUCUUCGAGAUCCUCUCCUUCGGCUUCUACCUCCUCUCCAGCCUCGUCGCGCAGGGGAUGAAGCUCGCCGUCACGCUCCUCGCCGCCGACGAGUUCUACGGCGACGGCGAGCAGAAGCCCCCGCCGUCCGACGACUGCGAGGAGAUGCCGGCGUGGCGCGCCUCAGGGCCGCGGGAGCGCCGCCGCGCCGUGCUCAGGAUCGCGCAGCCGAUGAUGCUGCUGGCGGCAGGGUGCUCCAUCAUGGGCACCUUCUUCCUGCUGCUCUCCAUGGUGGACGCCAUCCAGCUCAAGUUCGGCCUCGUCUCCUGCGGCAUCCCGCUCGCCGUCGGCGCCACCUUCGCGCUCUCGGGGCUCGUCGUCGGCGGGCUGCUCUUCUACGGAUCCACCGUCGCCUACGCCCUCACGUACUACCUGCCCUGAGUGCCGCCUGGCGCUCGAUCUGCUUGCCUUCUGGGUUGGGGUUGGUCAGUUAAUCGAGGAGCAGCUUCUUUUACCCUUUUCUUUCUUUCUUUCUUUCUUUCUUUCUUUCUUUCUUUCUUUACUUUAUAAGAAGCAGUGAGUAAUUAUUAACAGUCGAUUCUGGAAUACAUAUAUACCUGCAAUACAAGAACAGGGUAGGUAUACAUGUUUCAUGCUGCUUGCAUCCAAAGGAUAGUGACAUUCUUAAUUAGUGGCAAGGUUGCUGGCAACAUGAUUGUGUCUCAUAUAACUGUAAAAACUAGUCCCUCCGGUGUGGAGAAAACCUGACGUUUCUUUUGUGCUCCUCUUAUGUGUAGGCUACUCUCGAUGAAAGUUUUAUGGAGAGUUUCAUAGUAUUAAA